UCUGUCUGCUGGAGGGGGAACAAACAGGGUGGAAGAGAGAGACAGUGUGUGUGUGAGUGAGAGACAGACAGCGAGUGAGUGAGACAGAAAGAGAGAGUGAGGGGAGGGGGAGAGGGGGACUAGUGUGCAGGAAGAAAGGAAAGAAAGAAAGAAUGAAGGAACUGCAGUCAUCUGUGUGACACCGUCUGUCUGUCAGAAACUGGAAGUGAAGUCAGGUGCUGUUGUUGUGGUGUCACACUUCUGCACUGGAGGGAUCCCCACACACACUAGUGUGGCUGGAUGUAUCACACAGAGCACCAGUAUUCUGGCCGGUACUCAUGGGACUCCUUCCCCUCUGGCAGUUCCAGCAGGGCUUCAUGGGCUCCCGGCUCCAGCCGGCACUUGCCCCCUCCAUCCAGGGGCAGUGGUGGAGGGUACCAGUCAACCCUGAGCCAUGCUUCAGGAAGAAACUAUCACAAAGCUUAUAACAAUAGACCUCCUGAGUUCAGCAGGCACAGACUUCAUGAUCACCCCAGAGAGAGAGGGCCAAACAGUAGAGAUCGGGUUGCAUCAUGGUCUUGGGGUUCGAAUCAGCACCAGAACCUGGAUCGGGCUGCUCUGAAUGGAUACAGCUCAGGAUGUGGAGGACGUGUUCCCAAUAAUCAGCCUCCAAGGUAUGGAGGCCCUCACCAGCAUUAUCGGACCCCAAUGACAGAAAGAUGGAGUCCAGUAGCCUCGUCCAGAUCCUUUCAAAGUCCCUCCCUUAAACGUCCAGCCCCCCGAAAACCGUCACCAUCAAGAGAUGACUGUCUCAGCAAGAGGAACAAAAGUGACAGCUCACACCAGGCUCUUCCCUCAAAAAUGAAGCACCCCAUGCCUAUGAGUCACCCUCCCUUGUCUCAUCUCCCUCGCACCUGUAGCCCUCCAUACCGCAGUGAUGCCCAAUGGAGUCAGUCAAAUAAGAGACAGUCUGCUUCAGGCUUUCAGGAGUCAAGUCAUUCCAACAGCAGAGAUCACCUUUACAGGAACCAUCCGGUGCUCUCAUCUACCCUCAGUGGUCCUGGCCAAGAUUUCCACAGCUCAAAGUCCCUAAAAUUUGGCCACCUACACUCUUAUGGCCACCAAACCCAUGAUCACCUGGGACCCCAUGGAACCAAAGGGGACUGGGAGCGUUCUGUUCCGCCCUCACCAGCAAACCUUACCAGAGUGCCUUAUAGCCCCCAGCACCAGCCUCCAGUGGGCCCACACAGGCACCCAGUACCUCAUGCCAGCCGUGGUUCACCCACACCAGCCUGGAAGGACAAGCAGAGCAGUGAAACCAGGGGCUCUGGGCUAGGGCCUGAAGAGCGGCAACAACUGCAAGGGAUGAAAGAGGGAGGGCGGUAUCAUAGCACCCCAAAACACAUCCAAGUCCAUUGCAGCCCUGAAGGCAGAAGUGUUCGACAUGGCACCACAUGCGGGAGAGCAAGCCUGUCCCCAAGCCCUGAAUCUGGGUCUAGCUCUCAGAGGCCAGAAGGGAAGAAAAUCAGGGUUUCUAAACAUCGAGCUCCAUCAAAUUUCACUAAACCCAGCUACUCUAACCACAGUGGCCAGGAGAGCCAAAUGCGUCGGCUAGAUACAGACACGUUAAAGCAUGUUGAAAAUAAGAAGCGACACAGAGAACGAGAGAAAAGACAAGAGAGGAAAGGGAAGGAGGGGGCAGAUGAACGAAAGGCAAGGAUACUAAGAAAACUUGAGGCAAAGAAAAAGAAAAAGGAGAGGCAAGAGAAAAGGAGUCACCGGGAAAGGAAAAGAAGCCAUAGAAAAGGAGAGACAGGGGGACAGUCCGAGAGAAAAACUAAAGAUGAGAGGAAAAGAGCAAGGAAGGCAGAGAGAAAUAGCAUCAAGAAAGGGGAGAAGGACCAUUCAAAAAGAGAAAUAUCUCCCCAGACUCCUUCUUGUGAUUCACUGAGUAAAAGUCCAGACUCAGCCAUCUCUGAGUCUCUGCCAGUGGCAGCUUUUUCAGACACAUCACUGUGUAUUCCCAAAUACACAAAACAUGAAGAAGAGGAGGAGUUCAACUGUGACUCUGACUCUUCACACACCUCAGGGUUUAUUUCGCCCUCCACCCCACCUCGAACAAAUCAGAACCAUCCUCUUCAGUGUCAAUCAAAGGAUUUUGCCAAUAAUGUAACCUCAGAAAAUGACAACAACCUGCCAUCCUCUGAGCCUACAUGUCCAAACACCAGCAGUUUUCGGUCUCAAGACAAGCAGCUUGACCAGGAGGAAAUUACCUCUGAACCACCUGCUAGCAGUGAGCAGGAGUUGCCAAAGUUGGAUCACCCCAACUGUUUUAAGGAAAAAGUUACUCAGCCUGAGGAGAAGAACCAACAUGCUCCAGAUCUUCUACCUGCCCACAGCAAUUCUAUAGAGGACCAUCUGCGACUGGAUCCCUCAGCUAGCCCCCCAGUACUGAGCUGGCAGGGCUCCCCUGUUUCAGACCUCAGUGAGGAAGAGGAGGAUGAAACAGGGGCCAACAUGGCAGGAGUGAUCAGGAGACCUGUCCUUCAGCCAAGCCCCACUCAUUUGUCUCCAAUCCAAGACCCAGAGGAAAUCCGGAAAGAACCACAUCAUCCCUCGGAUGUGGAGUACUGCCACAGUGACCUGGCCAAACUGUAUGGCAUUGCUGAGCCUUUGAAUGAUGUGGAGGAAGAAGAAGAAGAAGAGAAAGAACCCAUGGCAGAGCAGCAGGACAGUAGCACAACAACCUCUCAGGGACCACAUCUGCAUGACACUGACAGUACCUUGGCCUCAAACAGCCAUAAGUACACCUACAGAGGUGGCCCCUUUUGUCGGCCACCUCCUAACACAGUGGCUGGGGUCAAAUACUCUUCCUCUCUUUCACUGGGACCAGAGAUACCCCCUCCAGAGCAGCACAGCCCAACCUCUCCAUCCCCAAGAGCUGUGUCUCCAGUGGCUAUGCCCUUGACCAGCCUUUCCCCUUCCAUAUCUACCUCAGAUCUUGUAAAGCCUGACAAAAACAUGCAGGCAAAUGAAGAGGGAAAAGAGGAUAGUGAUGUUGAGGAGGAGGGUGAUGACAUGAACAAAGCUGUAGAAUCUUUCAAAGAACCAGUCAGUACCUCUUUGGUGAAGGAGAAUGAGGCCAAGGUGUUGCCACCCACCAUGUCACCUGCUACCUUGCAGGCUAAACUGGUACACAGCUGUGAGAUGCUGCUGAACCAGAGCUCCAGUACCCUCCUUUCAUCAGAUGUGAACACUGGAAAGGAAAAACCUAAAACCAAGCUGGAGAAGAAGAAGCAAGGGCAAGGUUGGGACAGAAAGAGAGAGCAGCAGCAGAAUCAGAAAACAAAUACUGGAGGCAGUGGUAUAGCAGAAGAGCCAAGUUUCAGAGAGGGAAAGGUGCAGCACAAAAAGCAGAAAAGGGACACCAAAAGUGAGAAACAGCAUUGCUCAUCUAGUGAUGAACCCAUCAAGGACCACAACAAACAGGAUUUAUCAGAGAGGAAACCAACAGAGACAGAGAAGAAGCAAAGAAAAGGGAAUAAGGAGAGAGUCAAAGCUAAAGAGGAAAAUAAGGAUGGAGAUGCAGGAAUGACAAAAAAAACCUUCUCCAGCGGAAGUGGCUCCAGUACAGCUCCAGCUGUUCUGGUUCUGUCCACUGUGCCUCUAAAAGAGGUAAAGAUUCAGCUGGUGAAGCUCAAGAUCAGUGGGAGACAAACGUUCAUUGCCUCUGACUUUGAGCAGAAGCGGAUCCCGCUAAAAGAAAUUAGCAUCAACAACAGUGCCACAGACAUCAUUAGAGCCUGCAAAGAUGCGAAGGUGAAGGGUCGUUUCCGUGAGUCCUAUCUGCUUCCAUCUUUGUCUGUGAAGCCUGUGCUGAAUGUCGAGUCUCAGAUUCCCAGAGAGAAGCUCAACCCGCCUACACCAAGCAUCUAUCUUGAAAGUAAAAGAGAUGCAUUUUCUCCGGUGCUACUGCAGUUCUGUACAGAUCCCAAAAACCCGGUUACUGUUAUCCGAGGCCUUGCAGGAUCACUCCGACUCAACCUGGGGUUGUUCUCCACUAAGUCUCUGGUGGAAGCAAAUGCUGAUCAUGCCGUGGAAGUGAGGACGCAGGUACAGCAACCGGCUGAUGAGAACUGGAACACGAGCGGCUCGGCUCAGACGUGGCCAUGUGAGAGCAGCCGAUCUCACACAACCAUCUCAAAGUAUGCUCAAUACCAGGCCUCCAGCUUUCAAGAGAGCCUACAGACCUUUCCCUCCCCCCAGGAAGAGAAGGACAGUGAGGAUGAAGAAGAAGGUGAGAAAAAAACAGAAUCAAUAUCAGAGACUCCGUCCAGCAGCCCACCAUCCACACUGAGUUUAGAGCAGAAGUCCGUCGGCAAAAUCAUCAAGUUUGGUACCAACAUCGAUCUUUCUGACCCAAAGAGGUGGAAGUUGCAGCUGCAGGAGUUGUUAAAGUUGCCCGUGUUCAUGCGUGUCUCCUCCACGGAGAACAUGCUGAGCCAUGUGGGACACACUAUCCUUGGGAUGAACACCGUCCAGCUGUACAUGAAGGUCCCGGGCAGCCGCACACCAGGACAUCAGGAGAACAACAACUUCUGCUCGGUGAACAUUAACAUCGGGCCUGGAGACUGUGAGUGGUUUGCUGUACAUGAACACUACUGGGAGGCCAUCAGCCACUUCUGUGAGAAGAACGGAGUGGACUACUUGACGGGUUCGUGGUGGCCGGUUCUAGAGGAUCUGUAUCGCUCGAACAUCCCUGUCUACCGUUUCAUCCAGCGCCCCGGAGAUUUAGUGUGGAUUAAUGCCGGAACCGUGCACUGGGUUCAGGCUGUCGGCUGGUGCAACAACAUCGCCUGGAACGUGGGGCCGCUGAACUCCUAUCAGUAUCAGCUGGCUCUGGAGCGCUUUGAGUGGAAUGAGGUCAAAAAGGUCAAAUCGAUCGUUCCCAUGAUUCAUGUCUCCUGGAACGUCGCCCGUACAAUCAAGAUCACUGACCCAAGCACUUACAAAAUGAUCAGACAUUGUCUCCUGCAGUCCAUGAAACACAUCCAGAUCUUGAGAGAGCAGCUCAUAGCAGAAGGGAAGAAGAUCUGUUACCAGAGCCGAGUGAAGGACGAGCCGGCCUACUACUGCAACGAGUGUGACGUGGAGGUGUUUAAUCUGCUCUUCGUCACCAGUGAGAGCAGCAAUAGGAAGACCUAUGUGGUGCACUGUGAGGACUGCGCUCGUCGGAGGAGCUCCAGCCUCAGUGGGGUUGUGGUGCUGGAACAGUACAGAGUGGAGGAGCUGAUGAACACUUACGACAACUUCAGCCUGGCUCCUGCGCCGUGUUCAAAAUGAACCCAAGGUGUUUGAUGUCACACAGCCAUGACCAAAUCUCCUGCUCGCUCGCCAGCAGCAGUGCCAACGUUAAGUUCUCUUUAUUUUUUAUCAUUAAUUUUAUUGUCAUUAUUAUUUUUUUUUUUUUAAUCAAAACCACUACUGCGGACUCUCCAAUCCACAAGCUGUUUACUCGACACUGUUUACAGAACCACAUCAGCAGGUGCUUCACCGACUCGCUCGUCUUCCCCCUUCACCAGCUACUGGAGUCACAACGCUGUUAUGAUGCAUUAUAAGCGCUCUGAGGUCAGACCGGCCAGAGACGUGCCACAUACAUACACACCGGUACACUGGACCUGGGUGCGUCAUGCGAACUGUGGGGUUUUUCUUUUUUAAUGAAGCUCAUUCACACUCUGUCACACACACACACACACACGCGCACACACGCACACAGAGCAAACAAACUGCUGUGAUCGUUCACAAUCGCCGAAACGUGUGAACUCAUUCAGGUACUAUUGUAGUUUACAUUUAUGCAAAUGUCUCAGUUUAUUUAUUCGGCGUCUCUGGUGCUUUUAUACGACACAAUAUAACAGCAGGGGAAGGAGCUACACACACAAACACACACGCACACACAUACACACAGGCAUUAUGAGGGGGUGAUGAUACAAUGAUAUUGUCGUGAAUACAUUUACUACAACGCUAAACUUUCUAAAUGCUGUUUGCAUACUGAUCUGGGUGCUAUUAUUUUUACUUUUUUAUUUUUUUAUUUUAAAGGUUUUCAAAAAGAAAUAAAAAAAAAACUUUAACACCAUUUUGGCCUUGUGACAGAAUUAAAAAAUGGAAAAAAAAAUUACAAAAAAACAAGAAAGCAUUAAUGCAAUAUGAAUCAUUUUUACAACAAUAUUGCAUUUUUCUCAGAGCAUUAACAAUUUUCACAAAUGUUAAAAAAAACAACAACAAUACGGGUUCAAAUCUUAUUUGCAUUUGUCCAGAAAACCUUGUGAGUGUUUAGUGAUCUAUUUAGUAUUAUUGAUUUUUUUAAAUAAUAUUGAUGAUUGUUUUUUUUCUGGGGUUUUUUUUUCUUGUUUGUUAUGCAAUUUAUUUUUGAAUAAUUUGAUUUGCGUUCUUUUUUGUGUGUGUGUGUGAUUUUAUUUAUUCAACUUCUUUGGGUGUAUUUAUUAAAGCGUACAUGGUGCUCCUCUAAAUGAGGGAAGUCCAGAUUUUGUAAAUGAAUUUUGUAAAAUUAACCCUUUCAGAUCCAUUUUAUAGGCACAACAUCAAUUGGAAGAAAAAAAAACGGAGUUUAUGGGUUUGACUAAGUCGUGAUGGCGACGUGGGUCUGAAAGGGUUAAUCGUGCUGAUUUCUGAGGUGGUGCUGAUGCUGAGACGGAGGACGUUUAAUUCGUGAUGGUGCUUGAUCCCCCCCUUGGCUCGGCCAUCCCUCGGCGUGUAUAUGAUCUAGAGAAUUACAUAUGAAUAUUAAUGAUAUUAAUCUCACAGCUUGGUGCUUAGAACAAAGUCUGUACAACCUGAAUGUCUUUGUACUGUAUCAGAUUGAAGAGUUUGUUUUUACCUUUUCUUUUCCCAUUCCAUGAAACGACAUAAUGAGAUGUGGAUGACGACUCUCAUAAUUGCUCUUCUUAACAAACUUUUUAAUGAUGAUGAUGUUUCUCUUGCAGUUUUCCAGGAGACUGUGGUUGGUUGCUUUCUGUCCACUCGUCUCUUGAGUGUUGUUUUUUUUUUUUUUACUCUUUAUGAUUUAGGAUUUUACUGUAAAAUAAAAAAAAGGAAUAAAGAAAGAAACAGAGAAAAAAUAAGAAAAAAAAAAAACGAAGUCAGACCUGUCUUAAACAGCUGUGUGAUUUUGUGUGUCAUAAUUGAUAUAAUAAUAAUGAUGAUUAUACCUAUGACUG